GGGGAGAGAGUGAACGAUAGGGUAAAGUUGCAAAACUUUUGUCAUAGCAUUUGAACAGUUUUGCCAAAUGAUUGCCAAUUCAGCGAAACAUUUAUGCAUUUGAAUUGAUGUGUGAAUUUGUAAUGAAUCCGUUUAUAACACUCUUACUGUAUUCAUCGGCCGUAUACUACGGGUGCGUUGAGAGCCGCGCAUAUUUGGCCACCACUUCGCGGCAAUUGCGUGAUUAUCUGCGAAUCGUGAGUCCGGGCGACACAAUACAGCUCCGGGACGGCUACUAUUCGGGCAGUUUUGUGGCCAACCGUAUCGGCCGAGCGAACGCACCAAUACGUCUGGUCGGUUCGGCGCGAGCCGUACUGUCCAACAGAGGCGGAACCGGUCUAUACCUGACCGGACAGUACUGGCAUUUGCGGGGCUUCACUGUUAGCGGGUGUCGGCGCGGAAUCGCUAUACAAAACGGCAAAAACAAUUUACUCGAAAGGGUUAGUCUCAGGAAUAUGGACGAAGAGGGCGUCACUAUAAGACAGGACAGCGACGCCAACACCAUCAGGAGUUGUAUCAUCUAUCGGACGGGUAUUCGCGCGCAACAGAAUGGCUACGGGAUUGUCAUCGGAAGCGAUUACAGGCAGGGUUUCCGGGGAUAUGUGGACCGAAGCGAUGGCAACGUUAUCGUCAACAAUAACAUCCAAACGGGUGCGGCCGCGGAGGCCGUCCACGUCAAGGCCGGCACGUGUUGCGGAGCCGUACGCGAGAAUGUCUUCGACGGCCGCGCCAUCACUGUUCCCAAUAACGUCCAGGCGUUCAAUCGGCUCUGGGUUUCGGUCAAUGGAAACAACUAUCAAAUCGAUAGGAACAGCGGCCGAACGACAGCCGCCGACGGCUUUCGGGUGCGAAUGUCAGACGAUAUCGACGGACUAAGGACUGGAGGUGAGAGUGGAUCCGAUCGGGACUACAAUAGCGACGACGACAACAAUAUAGAGAUUCAGGGCUGCGGUAAUAGGUUUAGUGGGAACCGAUGCGAAGCCAACACCAAUGGGUAUUGCAUUCGCGUUAUUAAUCCAAAUCGAUGUCGAAUUGCCAUCUAUUCGGACAAUACGGUCGCCGGCGGUAUCGGUCUGUCCAACGUUGGCCUCACGAACCUGUAAUUCAGUUCAUUAUUUAAAUACACAGAUAUAUUGAGAAACAAAGCGUUUAAUUUGGUUUAAAAUCAAUUUUUAUUACAAAUUAAAUUAAAAAAAUAAGUGAUAUUUUUAUAAACGAUAUUCAAAAUCUAAUACUAAAAAUCUAUACAAAAUUAAAUCCUAAUUUAAAUGUACAUCAAAUUAAAGCCAACAAAACAAUUGCAUUCAAAUUGCAUUUUAAACGCUAAAUCAAUAUUGAAAUUCAACAAUAAUAGUGACAUAUAAUUAAAACAUAAAACAUUUAAAUCAUUGUCUGAAAAAACUAAUGAAUGAAAAACAGAU